AGAAGAAUUAAAUAUUAAUGCAAGGAAGGCAUUCUAUCAAGCAUCACUGAAUAACAAUAAUGGUGGCUUAAGCACCUUACACACUGAAACAUGCUAUUUUGACGACCAUUUUCAUUUUCAUUUUCAUUCUUUGUUCGGGGAAAUCCCAUCAUUACACACAGCCGCUGUGCUUGGAAAUCUGGAGUUAUGUUGACUCAGAACAAGGACGUUAUCCUCUUCAUCUUGCUUCAGCUGAAGAACACACUAAGUUAGUGAUGAAAGCUCUGGUUAUGGUAUUGAUAAAGAUGGUAACACUUCUGCAUUAGCAGUGAGACUUCUUCAAAUAAAUCAAGGACACUAAAAGUAACUACAUUGAUGAUCACAUUGCACCCAACAUUAUUACAAAAAGAAUGGAGGUUUUGAAAGCAGAUUCAAAUCUACAAGACAAUGCAAUGAGAGAACUUUAUGAAGCAUCAAUAAAAGGAUGUGUAAUGACCUUAAAAGCACUGAUCCAAAGGGACCCUCUCAUUCUCUUUAGGGUUUCACUAUAUCCCUUUCAUGAAACCCCAUUACACAUAGCCUCAUUGCUUGGACACCAAGAUUUCUGCAAGAUCCUUCUAGAAAACAACCCUGCUUUCGCCGUCGAGGUGAACUCAGAAGGACGGUGCCCUCUUCAUCUUGCUUCCGCUAAAGGGCAUGUGGAGGUUGUGAAGAUUUUGUUGCAGAUAAACCAAGAAGCUUGCAUGGUUAGAGACAAAGAUGACCUGAUUCCUCUCCACUUCGCCGCGAUGAGGGGACACGCGGCAGCAGUUGAGGAGCUGGUAAGGGCAAGGCCGGAGUCCGUUAAAGAGAGGAUUGUGACCGAUGAUAGCUCCGUUCUGCAUUUGUGUGUUCGGUUUAACCAUCUUGAGGCCUUGAAAUUCUUGGUUGAAACAAUGAGACUUGAAGCUGCAGAAGACAACCACCAAAUUUUGUGUGCCAAGGACAAAGACGGUAACACUGUUUUGCAUUUAGCUGUGAAGAACAGGCAAUUUAAGAGCAUUGAAUACUUGCUUUCGGUAUCGGAAAUGAGUCCAGCAAUAAGUGCCUUGAAUGAAGUUGGAAGUUUAUCAGCUUUGGACAUGGUGCACUCCUAUGCCCUUAGAAUUAACCAACUUUUAACCAGAGCAGGAGUACUCUUUGAAAGCUCUUCCAAUACGCUUGUUGUACAAGAGUCAGAACCCUCAUCAACAGACAUUGAUAAUGCACACUCAUCCUCAUCAGAAGGAAGCAUAGAUACUCCUGCAGAACAACCACAGAUGUUGGCAAGCAUGGAUCUUCAACCACAACCACACCUGCCACUGCGAUCAAGCACAGGACAACCUUCAGAGUCAUCACAACCUCAAGAAAGCAACCUCGUUCCAGCACAAUCAGCAGAUACUCGUGUGGAACAACCUCUGCCCUUGUCAAGCAUGGCGCCUCAACAGCAACCACCACAACUGCCACAGCAAAACAACAUUCGUCGAUCACAAUCAGCACCAUCCUCGGUAAGUAACAAUAAUCAUCCUUCACCGCCACCACCUCCCUCGUCAACAGAAAUAACACCACAAGAAGAUAAGAACAGCAGAUGGAGUAGCAGGGUUGAGCAUUUCUGCAAAAAAUACCUGAUAAGCCAAAUCAACUGGAUGGACAGCAGUCAACUCAUGGUAGCAACAACCGUCAUCGCAACCAUAACAUUCCAAUCAGUUCUAAGCCCACCAGGAGGAGUAUGGUCAGCGGACACACACGAUGGCGGCUACCAAUGCAACAGAUAUGGUUACUGCGAAGCCGGAACGGUGGUUCUAGGUUAUGCUCAAUCACCAGAUUAUAUUAAAUUCAUCUUCUUCAACUCUGCUUCAUUCUUUUCCUCUCUGUGUGCGCUCUUGUUAAUCAUAAGCGGGUUUCCACUUAACAAUGUAGCUAUGAAGUGGAUAAUGACAUUCCUGAUGGUGGCUUCUGCGUCCUGCAUGCUGCUAACAUACAUGUGGGCCCUGGGAAUGACCAGCCCUGAUCAUAUUUAUCAUAGGCUUAGGAGUCUGGGGUAUUUGUUGGUUGGUUUAUGGGGUUUCUUGCUUUUUGUUAUUGGCAUCUUUCAGAUAAUAAGGUUCAUUCUUUGGCUUAGAUCAAGAAGGUCGUCCUCCACUCCCUCAACAACUACUACUCGGAAUACUACAAAUGCGCACUCACAUAGUGGCAUCUAAUUAAGCUAGUUAUUGUCAAAACAUGCACAUCUAUUUUCUAAUGUAUUACAAGGCACUUCCCAGGUUCUUUCACUUUUUUUAGUUAAUAUUUAUGUGCCAAC